GCCGAGUGUUCGAUGACACCGAAUCAGACGUCUUUGGAAAUCGCUCGAAGAACCAAGAAAUAGUGGUCCGCUGCAGUCAGUAAUAAUAAUCAUUACUGUUCUAACCGUAUACCGAGGACGAAAGAAACUGCAAACAUGAGCGCCUGCAAACUCGUCUUGUGUGUAUUUUUGGCAGCUACUCUGGCCCUUGCAACAGCUACACCUACCGGAUUUAUCGGGUAUAGCAGCGGUUACGGUGGUGGUUUCGGCGGUGGUUAUGGCGGUGGAUCUUACGGUGGCUAUGGAGGUCACAGAGGAGGUUAUGAUAGUUAUGGUAGCGGCUAUGGAGUAGGUGUUGGAAUCGGUUUCACUGGAGGUUACAGUGGCUACGGUCAACAAGGAUACGGUGGUCACGGCUACAACGGUUACAGUAGUGGAUACGGACAGCAGGGUGGAUACUAUGGAGGUAACCAGGGUUAUGGACAUGGCUACGGAAACGGCUACGGAAACGGCUACGGAAACAGCUACGGAAACGGCUACGGACACGGACACUAUUAACCAUACCACAAAAUAUAAUAAUUAUACCACAGGCACAGCUCAUCGUCCUUCUCAAUUGAACAGUAUUAACUAUGUUUUUUCGAUAAAAUGUAUAUCUAUACUUAACAGUUGUAUAGAUAUUUAAUAAACUAAAGAUUUUUUUUUAA